GUGGGGUUCUUCAGUAAAGCCACCCGAAUGCUCAUCAUCAUCAAUAUCACCUAUCUGUCAACCCCAUUAUAAGUUGCUUCAUCGAGCAAGCCUAAUCCGAUCCUUAGCUUCUCUUCCUGCUUUCCCAGAAUCGAAAUCCUCAAAUCUUGCUCUGUGUCACACAGACAGAGAGAGUCAUAUACUCAAGUCUCCAUACAUUUCCAUGUUUGCUGAUUCUGCUUGGCUCAGAUAAUCUUUUGCUGAAUCUGCUAAGUUCCAAGUUUCUCCUGUUGGAUCGCAUUUAUAUCAGAAGUUUCUUAUCUCUCUGAUCAGAAUGGGCCUCUCAAGUCUGCCAGCUCCAUCUGAAGGAGUACUGUGUGUGCUUCUGGUGAACACUGCAUUUUCCAUAUCCUUAGUUAAAGGCAUUGUUAGAACAAUCCUUCACAUUGUUGGUAUCAGUCUUUCGUCAUCCCCCACCACUCCACCAUCACAAUCAUCAUCAGAAUCAUCCCCUUCUCCAGAUAUCUCUCAAGACCUGCCAGAGUCAUUCCAAUCCAACCUCUGUUCGCCGGAGAAUUACAUCGACGAGUUCACAAGGCGGACACCAACAAUCAAGUUUGGCAGUGUGUGUGGCUGCAAACAACCGGAAGAACAUGACUGCUCUGUAUGUCUGACUGAGUUUGAACCAGAGUCUGAGAUAAACCGGUUGUCUUGCGGCCAUCUCUUCCACAAAGAUUGCUUGGAGAAGUGGUUGGCGUACUGGAACAUUACAUGCCCUCUUUGUAGGACUCCAUUGUUGCCUGAAGAAGAGGUUUCUUCUUGCUUUUGGUGAGAGACAGGAGUGAGGCUCCAAGCGUGCAUAUAAGAAAGAAGAGCGAGUUGCCUUGUACAGUAUAUUAUAUUUAUAUAGAGUGUGUACAUAUUGUGAGGUUUUUGGUGUUACCACGAGUCAUCUGACCCUUUUCAAUCUUAUAGCCUUCUGUAGUCUUUUAUGAUCCUGAAGUGGUGGAGGCUUUUUUAUUUUUGGUUUCUAUGUUUAUGGUCUUUUACAUCAACUAAGGGAUAUACUUUUCCUUGUGA